AUGUUGUCCAACUUGAGCUUUAGUCCAGCUCUUGAGUUGGUUAACUUUUUUGAAUUUAUCCAACAGUUUUUGGUGCCCACGGAUAAUACAGUGUUUUAUUUUAAUCCCACUGGCUUUAAUUGCAGUUGGGAAGUACUACAAAGCGAAUUUCUAUCUCAACAUCCUCAGAUAUUAUGGAACCGCGAAGAAAAAUACUCGGAGUUUUAUAGACGGCACAGCGGCAAUGUUUUUGUAAUGGCAUGUUUUUCAAGGAACUUCGACAAUGAGCUUAAACUUCUGGCCACCAGUUUGACCCGAUUGAGAUCGGUAAGAGUUCUCAUCGAGAUGCAGGAAAAGGAAAGCUCUUUCCUGGCUUCGCAAAUACUUUCGCUUUGCUGGCAACACGAUAUGCUAAAUGUGGCGCUAUACUUUCAGUAUUGGAAUAGUCCAAUUACUAUCUUUAGUUACCUGGCUUUUCCCUACUUCACGCUCGUAAGGCAGACUCUUUCUAAUGAGUCCUUGCCAAGCAUUUUCACCAACCAAUUGGCGGAUCUUCGAGGUUACCAAAUUCGCGUUCAACCGGAUUUGUCGCCACCGAACUCCUUUAUUUACCGAGAUAAACUCGGUAAAAUCCAAUUCGGAGGAUUUAUGUGGAGGAUUUUCGACAGUUAUGCCAAAAGUUUGGGAGCCGGCAUCCACAUUCUGUACCCCUCAUGGGAAAAAAACAAGCUUUCCUCCUCGGAAUAUAUGAUGGAAUUUACACGGAACGGUAGCUCGGACUUCGGCCUGACCUCAACCAUGAUUGUGUAUAAGUUUGAGGAGAGGUUUCUCGAUAGCACUUACCCUUUAUUUCAUUCCAACUGGUGCGCCAUGUUGCCCAUGGAGAAACCCUUGAGUGUCGACACAUUGUUCAAGCGGGUUCUGACUCCUGGAUUAUUCUAUCUACUUAUUCUGGCUUCUUUAUUUUGCUAUUUGGCGGUUCCCAGGAUUAGGAGAUAUUUAAGGAUUACUUGUCGCGGAAGACUAUUUCGCUUGGCAUCGAGAGUCAUUGCUUUGGUGAUGGUCUGCGCCACCUCUGCUCAACUUCUUUCCCUGCUGAUAAAACCACCUUUGCACUCGAAAAUCGAAACUUUUGAUGAUUUGCUUGCAUCGGGAUUGAAGAUAUUCGGAAUGACCAGGGAGUUCUAUUUUCUGGACGGAGCUUUCCGGGCCAAAUAUGCUUCUGCUUUUCAUUUGACGGACAACGUCAACGAGCUUAUGGACCUCAGGAACUACUUCAACACCAGUUGGGCAUAUACCAUCACCUCUGUGAAGUGGACGGUUAUCGAGGCACAGCAAAAACACUUUUCGCAUCCUAUUUUCCGGUACUCGGAUACCAUGUGUUUCGAUUGGGAUUCUCCCUGCAGCAUAAUAAUUGCCCCGGAGUCCAUCUACCGAGGUUCCUUCCAUCGCUACACUCUCAUGUUGCAUCAGGCUGGAUUGAUACACUAUUGGAUGACCCACAGCUACUACGAUAUGGUGAAAGCAGGCCGCAUGAUCCUAAAGGACUACAGCCAGACUAUUCCAAUGGAUGCUCUGAGCCCAGAGGAUCUCGGAACUUACUGGGGAAUCCUCGCAAUCGGUCUGAGCUCUUCAAUCGCCGUAUUCACCAUCGAACUGCUUCUGUUCUACACAAACGUAUUUCUCAAUAGCUUGUAG